AUGUUCACCUGCAACAGAAAUGUCAUCAGCACCAACCAAUCGCCUCAACAUUAUGCCAAAUCACUCACGCAACACUUAACUGGACAUUCUCUCCCACCAUCUGUACGAGUUCUUACUUUAUCUCACGCGCAAUGGCCUAAAGGGUCUAUGAAGCCUCUUGUAAGAAUACAUUUGUUUGUUUUACAAGUGGUUAUUAUAUAUUUUGCAGGUCCAUUUAAUUUUGAGGCAGCAAAAUCCGAUGGAAGCCUUCCCCAACUGCACCUUAAUCCAUACAGCUGGUCAAAGGUUUCCAAUAUUAUAUAUUUGGAUUCUCCUGCUGGUGUUGGGUUAUCUUACUCAAAAAACAGUAGCGACUAUAUAACUGGUGAUAAAAAGACUGCAUUGGAUAGCCACAUAUUUCUUCUCAAGUGGUUUGAACUCUAUCCGGAGUACCAAAAAAAUCCUUUCUUCAUUGCUGGAGAGUCAUAUGCUGGAGUUUAUGUGCCUACUCUUGCUUUUGAAGUAGUGAAAGGACUUGAUGCUGGUGCAACACCCAAGAUUAACUUAAAGGGUUAUCUGGUGGGAAAUGGAGUAACUGAUGAAGUGUUUGAUGGUAAUGCUUUGGUUCCAUUUGUCCAUGGAAUGGGACUGAUAUCAGAUGACCUGUUUCAGGAGGUAACAACCGAGUGUAAAGGGAACUUUUAUAUUCCUCUCAAUGUUAAUUGUUACCGCAAGCUUUUAAAAGUUCAUGAGGUCAUAGCUGGAUUGAACAUAUACAACAUUCUUGAACCAUGUUAUCACGAACCAGAAUUAAGAGAGGUUACAGCUACUAAAUCUAAACUGCCAUCCAGCUUCAGACAGUUAGGUGAGACUGAAAGGCCUCUUGCUGUAAGAACGAGGAUGUUUGGUCGUGCGUGGCCAUUUAGAGCUCCUGUUAGAGAAGGAAGAGUCCCAACUUGGCCUGAGCUUCUUAAUGGCCCCAAAGUUCCAUGCACUAGUGAUGAGAUUGCAACGACAUGGUUGAACAACAAAACAGUCAGAGAAGCACUUCAUGUAGCACAGGAGAGCUUGGUGGUUAGCUGGGAAUUGUGUACAAGCAAUAUCUCAUAUCGCCAAGAUGCUGGAAGCAUGAUUCCGUUCCACAAAAUCCUCACCUCUAGGGGAUACCGAGCACUUAUCUUCAGUGGCGAUCAUGAUAUGUGUGUCCCAUACACUGGGAGUGAAGCUUGGACAAGAUCAGUGGGUUAUGAGAUUGUGGAUGAAUGGAGGCCUUGGGUCUCCAAUAAACAAAUCGCUGGAUAUACCCAGGGUUACGCAAAUGACCUCAUCUUUGCAACCGUAAAGGGAUCUGGACAUACUGUUCCUGAAUACAAGCCACGAGAGGCAUUGGAUCUAUACAGCCGUUUCUUGGCUGGACAGAAACUAUGAAAAAUCAAUGAGAAUAAUAUAGGAGAGAAAACGAAGAAAGACUGCUAUUCUUAUCAUUUAAAA